AUGAUUGACUCCCAGAGCUUGCAACAACACCUUCAGCCGCAACAGGACAUCUCUUCCGGGUCGUCACUCAAGAUGGACAUUCAAACGAAACAUGCGACUAUGCCCCUGCGGCUCAUCAGCUUCAAUAUCCGGUACGCGACCGGCAAGAGCGAAAGGGUUCUGGGCGAGCAGCCGUGGCCGGUGCGCUGUCCCAAGGUCUGCACGCAGCUGCGCUUCAUUUCUGCCGGCCACGAAAGCCCAUUCAUUUGUCUCCAGGAGAGUCUGUACUCGCAGCUCAACGACAUACAGUCCCACCUCGGCAAGCCAUGGGCUCACAUUGGUCGUGGACGGGGGAAAGGCGAAACAGACGAGGAGUUCUCACCCAUCUUCUACCGGUCUGAUACUUGGGCCUGCGAGCACAGCGAGACGCGCUGGCUGAGCAGCACGCCGGAGAAGCCGUCUCGCGGCUGGGACGCCGCGCUCAACAGAAUCGUCACUAUUGGUUUGUUCUCGCAUAGAGGGAACGGCACGAAAGUCGUUGUGAUGAGCACGCACUUCGACCAUAUUGGCGUGGAGGCUCGCAGGAACAGCGCCAGGCUCCUUAUUAAGUUUGCGGAUGAAUGGAGCCACGGGAAGGGCGUGCCGCCGUCGGCGGUUCUCAUCGGCGGCGAUUUCAACAGCCAGCCUGACGAUGAGGCGUACAGGAUGAUGACGGCGCCGGGGUCCGGCAUGUCUGAUAUCUCGGAUCUUGUGCCCGAGGAGAAACACUAUGGGAAUCAUCUGACGUACACGAGUUUCGGGGAGCCGAAUGAGUAUCCGCAGCGGAUUGACUUUUUGUUUAUCCAGGAGCCUCGCACGGCGAGUGUGCAGACGUUUGGGGUGCUGGCGAACAGCUUUGACGAUCAGAUCCGGUUCUCUGAUCAUCGGCCUGUGGUGAGUGACUUGCUGGUUCGAGUCUAG